GGUAAAAGAAUGUGCCCAGGAGUUAGUAUUGCCAAGAAAGAAUUGCUCGGCUUGACUGUUGGGCUUCUCUCAAAGUUCCACUUCAGUGCCCCGGUGGUUGAAGGCAAAGAAGUGCCGCCGUCUUUGGUCGGUGUGGUGGGCUUGACAAAUGCGCCACUUCCAUUUAAGCAGUGCGUUCAAUUGGUGUAA